UUAGUUCGGGUGUGUAGUGCUCCUUUUUUAUUGUUCAUCUCGAAAUUUAUCAUUUAUGGAUAGCUUUAAUUUGUUUUUCAUAAAUAUCUGUCAAUCAUUUCGAGACAAGAGAUUAGAUAUUAGUGUAAUUGACUGAAGUGAUUUACAAUGUUGUUGAUAUUGUACUCUGAUUAUCUUAUUAUCGAUUUAGAUGCAAUUCAAAAGUUGCAAUAUUUAUAAUCGAACUGUGUUUUUUAAUAAAACUUCUAGCAGUGCAAACGUAAUGUGAUCAAGUUUUAAUUAUAUAAUAUGGAUGAUGAAUUAGAAGACAGAACUUUAUAUCAGACUUAUUUGUCUCACAUGAAAUUGAUAUCUAAAUUUGUAGUGGGUAUACCUACUGUAGGAAUAAAUACACCAAUGGGUCAAGUAUGGAGAAUAGCAAAAUCAUAUUUUCUAAAACCAGAAAUCUUGUUGUUUGGUAUCAUACUGCUAGCAAUCUUUAUUUAUUUGCAAACAGUUGAUGCUUGGAGUAGAGCUUUUUUAAGGCAGAUUCAACAUCAAUUUGGUCAUACUAAGUCUAAGGUACGAAAGUUCCAAUUUCUUGUUGAUUCCUCAAGUGGAAAACUCAAUUGGGAAUUUAAACAAGGCAACACUGCAGCUUAUGCAGUCCAAGGACACAGAAGCCAUAUGGAGGAUCGUUUUGUUGUUAAUCAUGAUAUAAACAAUACAGGUGUUUCUUUGUUUGCCAUAUUUGAUGGUCAUGGUGGAGAGUUUGCAGCAAAUUAUGCUCGUGAUAAACUAGUUCCUAGUAUUAGUGAACAAGUAACUGAACUAAAGAACAUUUUAUCUGGAAAAGUUAUCGAAAAAAUAGAAAAGGCUGAAACAAGACAAAGUGGUGAUUCAAAAAAUCAAGAACCAAAUGAUAUAGAUCUUAAUUUACUCAGAAAGAAAAAAUUGUUGCGCAAAACUGGAAGUACAGAUGAUUAUACUAAUAAGAACAGUAUUGGAAUCACAGAUCCAGAAUUAUUGGAUAAACUUGACAGUAUUUCAAAGACGAUUACUAGAGAAGUAAGACCAAACAAAUUCAAUGAGAACAAAUCUCGCCCGAAAAUUGAUAUUAGAAGUUAUUUAGAUGGAAAUAAAAUAAACUAUGGAAAAUUAUUGACUGAUCAAGUUCUGGAAAUAGAUAGUCUUUUAAUAGAAGCUGCUAAAAAGAAUAAGGAUCUUGCUGGUACAACUGCAUUAAUAGCAAUUUUAGAAGAUAAUAAGUUAAUUGUAGCAAAUGUAGGAGAUUCCAGAGGUGUUAUGUGUGAUGGAAAAGGGAAUGCUAUUCCUUUAUCUUUUGAUCACAAACCUCAGCAGCAACGAGAAAAAAAUAGAAUAAACAAAGCAGGCGGUGUCGUGACGUUUAACGGUGUAUGGAGAGUUGCCGGUAUAUUAGCUACCUCGCGAGCAUUAGGAGAUUACCCAUUAAAAAAUAAAAAAUUAGUAAUAGCUGAUCCAGAUAUUUUAACAUUUGACUUGGAUGAUCACAAUCCAAUGUUUAUCGUAUUGGCCUCCGAUGGUUUAUGGGAUACUUUUUCGAACGAAGAAGCCGUUGCUUACAUAAAGGAGCGCAUCAACGAACCACAUUUUGGAGCCAAAAGCAUUACGCUACAAAGCUUCUACAGAGGUUCUUUAGAUAACAUAACGGUACUUGUGAUAAAUCUAAAAAGUCGCAGCAACAACGGUACGAGAGAAUUAGACGAAAAACGUUUGUAAUUUUUCAUUACCGUUUCAUAAAUAACAGUUUAUUUUUAAAGUCAUUUAGUCACGAUUACUAAUGUUUUUGAAAAGUUUCUAACUUUUUGAAAUGUUUGCAAUAUGUAUUUGCUUUAUAAAUAAAGGCUAUUUU